UGUCAUUUUCUCAUCAUAGUUAAUGUAAAAGACAUUUCAUUUGCUAACUGCAAAAACAAUCGUUAAUUGUUUCGUAAUAUCAGUGAACAUUAUGUCUUAUAUAACGAAAGCAGCAACUUUUGCAUUUUUUAAACAUUUUGUGGCAAGCUUUGCAUUAAAAUCACAAAUAUUUAACAAAGAAACAGACACACGAAUAGUUUCAAGUGGAGCAUCAAUGAUGACAACAAAAGUGAAAUCUGGAUUCGAAUGUGCUAUCAUGUGUACAAAUGAUUAUAACUGCGGGUCCUGUAGCUUUGACAAAUACUUGGAACAAUGCCAGUUUUCUUGUUCAUGCAGUCCUACAAUGGAACGCCAUAACGGAUCAUAUACAUUUAUUAAGACUCCUAAAUCAGCUCCUGCAAGGGACUGCAGUGAACUGCCAGAUGAAACAAAUAGUGGAGUGUAUUGUAUUCAGCCUGAAAUAGGAUCUGAAAUUGCUGUGUUCUGUGAAAUGAACAUUGAUGAUGGGGGAUGGACAACAAUCCAGAGAAGAUAUGAUGGUACUGUGGACUUCUAUCGGUUUUGGGAUGAUUACAAAUCUGGAUUUGGGGACAUAGCUGGUGAACAUUGGCUUGGAAAUGAUAAUUUGCAUGUCAUUCUACGACAAGGAUCCUACCAAGUCCGAUUUGACCUUGAAGACUUUGCAGGGAAUACAUCGCAUGCUAUUUAUGAUACAAUAUAUGUUGGGGAUGAGAGUACAAACUACACACUCUUUCUGAUGGAUUACAGUGGAACAGCAGGUAAUGCAAUGGUGGAUUUGGAUCCAAAAUUAAAUCAUAUGUUUACCGCUCGUGACAGGGACAACGAUUUAAGCCCAGACCUUAACUGUGGUAUAAAAAAGGAAAGUGGAUGGUGGCAUACUGCAUGUACGUCUGUCAAUAUCAAUGGUGGAUAUGGAGAGAUGUAUAAUGAUACUUCGAACAUGUAUUGGAAAACAUGGAAACCAAAUGCGCUAAAACAAACAAGAAUGAUGAUCAAACCAAUGGAAACAACUGUUGGAAUAAUUGGUAUUGGUUAAUAGAAAGUAAACUUACAGAAUCAGACUUUUUUUGAACUUUCAUAAGAUAAUAUGUUUUGCUUUCAAUUUGAUUGGUUAGUAUUUGCGCUAUUCAUGGCAGAUUUCCGGUCAAAAUCAGUCAUUUAGUAGUGCAUAUUCAAUCAAAUAGACCGAACCAAAUAUUUUAACUUUUCCCUGUGUGAUAUUUCUGUUUAGAAUCAAUCAAUAAAACUCAUUGACUUAUGAAAUCAUGA